UCGCCCAAUUCAAAUCAUUUUUCCAUUGAAGGUCUCACUGAACAUUUUGGGCCACUUGCCAGUGGGGUCCAAGCUCCUGCAGAAACUGCCAUUGGUUUGUUAUACGGGCUUAAAAACCCUACUGUAACUCUACCCCCAUUCCUCCAUAUUCCUCUGAUUCCAUCUCCAGGAAAAAAUUUUCCCAGAGAAAAGUCAAUGGCCUGUAGAAUGGGAGGAAUAAUGUUGCAGUCAACUUUAUCAGUACCGGAGAGUGAAAGCUCUGACGGUUCAUAUAUCACUUUCACAACUUGUUGUACAAUCCAGAACUGGAACAAUGAACCAAGUUUCAGUGGACAAAUCUCAAAGCUUGGGAUGAAAUCUGCUCCUUUUCCAAGAAAGAGUUUUCAGACGAGAAGACAUGGUUGGAAAACGGCCUUUGCUCUAGACACAGGUGGAAUUCCUGAUAAUGGCGGCCAAGAAAACCUCAAUGGAAAUGGCCCUGAUCUUGGCCAGACUCGAUUGGGCAGGAUAGUGAGUGCAGGUGGCCGGCAGCUACUGGCAAAGCUGAAUUCAGCUAGAAAAAAUUUUCCCAUGAAGGUCUUUCUCCUUUUGUUAGGCUUCUACACAGCAAAUGCACUGGCUACAAUUCUUGGACAGACAGGUGACUGGGAUGUGCUGGUUGCAGGUGUUGUAGUUGCUGCCAUUGAAGGGAUUGGCAUGCUUGUGUAUAAAAAAUCUUCGUCUCAGUCUACUGGGAGGCUUCAGUCUUUGGUGGUGAUGAUAAACUACUGGAAAGCUGGUGUUUGCUUAGGUCUAUUUGUUGAUGCUUUCAAGUUAGGUAGUUAAAAAUAGUGAGCAUGCCUAGCUUUAAUCAUCUAGUUGUUUUAUGUACCUGACCAACUGGAAGAUUUGUUGAAAUUGCAAAGGAUAGAGUUCUGGGUUGCCCAAGUUCUUGUAGCACUGUAUAUAAACUGCUUCACUUCAAUUCUUGUGUUGUCUUCCAUUGUUGCUUUCCAAUCCGGUAAUGUGCUCAACAAGAUCAUGAAGUGCAGUUGCUACAUUUUAUGUUUCUAACUUGAUUUGGUAGUGCUAACGAACUUAUUUUUUAAGCUGAGUAUUGUUAUCUUUCUGUGGUCAAAUUGGGACUAUUUCCUUCUCUUGUAAAUGGUUAGUCUUUUCUUCAUUAUGACACUAACAAAAGUUAUACUAUUUCAGCAACAAUACAUGAUCAUUUUUAUAGUUAAUAACCAUCCUUUGGAAAUGUCUCAGGGGUCAUAGCCUAAGUGCAUGGAAGGUAAACAUGGAACCCCACAACAAUCAAAGAAAGAAAACAGUAGAAAGGAAAAUUAGAGAAAAAGCUACAGCAGCAAAAAUUGAGGAAAGGAACAAAAAAAUCUUAAACUUGCUUGAGCCCAAGGAUGUGAGAUACUCCAAGAAAUGAUGCCUUGUAUCCUUAAAAAUGGCUGCGGAUGCAUUGUUGUCGUGUUUGCUAACUUGUGGGCUGUUGUUUGAAUUUGAUAUGAUAUCGUUGGUGUUAGCAAUGUGCUGGGCUCACAACUUUCUUGGUGAACAAGUUAUUUGUUUUAGAUCUCUAGGGUUUGCUGGAAGUACUUUCAUGUCAAAAAUCUGUGCUGACAGUUUAGAUGGCACUUGCAGAAUUGUACAUAAUGAGACAAUGGCUGAGGUUGCGAACAACAGAGGAUCACCAAUUAUGAAGUGCAGACAUCCUUUUUUCAUUUUUAUUCAGUGGUAUACAAAGAAUUAAAUCAAAAGGCACUUAAAUGGGGGGCAAUCCAGGCACAUAGGAGGUAUCAAGGGUAGGUGUUGAGAAGAAGCUUGAUGUUUGUUCUGCCAUACGAGUGGCUAGCUGUGAGGAUGCUGCAAUUAAAAUUCAACAAAAUCCGAGUCAUGAUGAAGCAAAA